AAAAGAAAACGCCACUCCCCAAAAAUAUAUUGGACAUAUGUGUAUAUAAUUAACGUAUGGCUUUGCAAUGCGUAAUCAAGCCCAAAAUGUGGUUGGGUCUUAAGCAAAUUCUGCUCUAUGUGGGCUUACUACUAUGCGUACUCCUGCAAGUCUGUAGAAGUAAAACCCAAUUGCAAAUGUUCUGUCCGAGCGUUUGCCAUUGUGAUCUACAUAAUCAACGUAAUCGAGCAAUAUGUAGUGCCAAACGCCUAAUAGGUGCCAAUAUAGAAAUACCAAAGACAGUGGAAUUAUUGGAUUUGAGUUAUAAUGAUAUCACCAAUAUAGAUAAUGAGUGUUUCCAGGACACGGUCCACCUCAUUAAUCUAACUUUGGCUCAUAAUGCAAUUUCUACCCUGCAUAUCGAUGCAUUUGUUGAACUGAAUCGUCUUCGUUCAUUGGAUCUUUCGUAUAAUCGUUUAGAGCAAUUGGAUGAGCAUAUACUAGAAUCCAAUUCACAACUUAUACAACUCAACUUGGAGGGCAAUAAGUUGGCUACACUAAGCAAUGGGCCGAUUUUAAGAUCAAGCACUUUGCGUUCACUAAAUUUACGCAACUCUCAGAUAAAUCAAAUAGAUAUUCAAUUCUUGAGUGCUUUGCCCCAAUUACGACAACUGGACUUGGCUCAGAAUAUGUUGAUAACUCUUAGCUCGAGUGUUUUCUAUGCUCCACGUUAUUUGGCCUCAUUGAAUAUUGAAGAAAAUCCCUUUAAUUGUGAUCGAGCAUUGGCUAAAGUGGCCACUGGACUACGACAAAGGGGCGUGGCCAUAUUGAUGAGUGAUUGUAUGGAGGCAGAGCCCAUGCAAUUACCCGAUGAUGUGGAAUCUGUAAACGGUGGAAAUACAAAAAUGGAACGCAUGGAACAUGUAAAAGAGUCUAGCAGUACACAAGAGCCGCAAUCGGUUUUAGCUUUUGGGUGGCGCGAUUUGGACUCCAGUGAGGAAGAUACCAUCGAGGAAAACGAUGCGAGUACCUACCUUGGUGAUGUCUGUGAGGUUAAUCGAGAGGAAUUGUGCUUUCGCUACCGCAAUUGCCUGGAGCGUGUGAGUCAUGAGCUCCUGGCUGGUGGUGGCGGCAAUGCCCAGAAUAUGCCACCUGAUGUGAUUGAGCGUACACAUAAUUCCUUCGAUGAAGAUGAUGUGAAAUUGGCAUUUGUUGUCGGCGGAGCCACGGGCAUUUGUAUGGUCAUCUUUAUCAUCACAUUUGCCUUGUGCCUCAAGAGUUGCUGCGAGAUGCGCAAGAACAAGAAAACAAGGACACAAGAGGCAGCCGAUGCAGGGGACACAAGCACUUUGAACUCGUCCCAUCAAACACUACCCUCGAUACACAAUUGGACGCCAUCACGAGUCCAGAGACAGCCACGUCGUUCCAAUCCCCGAAGUAUACCCUCACGCGCUGUUGUUACUCGGCCACCUUAUGGUCCGCAAGACAAUUUUGUUUCACGUCUCUUUGGAAGACCGGCACGUAGUCAAUAUUAUCGCGCUAUAAAUCAGAACACAGCCACUUUAAUACGACGCUUGAGUCGCAGUAAUCUUUUCAAUAGUCGCGAUCGAGAGCCAAGUUCACCAACAACACCACCAACUUCAACGGCUAGAUUCUAUACGGAGAUUGUGGACGGAGCAGCAGCACGGCCUGAGACACCGCCACCUAAUUAUGGUGAUGUGGUGGUCAUUGAGAAUUGUGAUAACAAAUAGUUAACGAGAUUAAGCUGCAUCAUCAAUAGUUUCACCAACUAUUUUACAUACAAAUAUAUUAAGUUUAUAGGUCGCUCGACCUGAUAUACAUACAUACAUAUAUACAAAUGCCUUCGUAUUAAAACAAAAAACAAAACAAAAAAUAAUUAGUGAGAUGUUUAAUGAAUUGGACAAAUUCUUUGGCUGCAAUCUUUUUAAACAAUAAUUACUAAUUAAUAACUAAGUGUUCAUUACGAUUACGUUUCUAGGCACACGUUAACUGAAUUGGUUGAUCCUUCAUCUUCAUCAUUCAAAAUGCUAGUAAAAUGAUUAAAGGUUUGGUCCUUUGUGUCGGUAACAACAGCACGAUCAGCUUAACCGCUGUCUUUUAAUUCGUUUAUUUAUACAUCAAAUAAAUUAAUUUAAACCUUUGGGUCCACCAUAGAUGGAUAUAGUUAGCAAGAGGCAUCUAAAAAAAACCUUUUUCUAUAUAUUCUAUACCUGUAACAUUCUAUUUUGAAAAAGUUGAAAAUGAUGAUGACUUCUAUAUAGAUCUACUAUGGAUUAGCUAAAGAAAUUGUUUUAGCGACUAAUUUAAUGUGCUGUUUAAAUAU